UGUUGUUUGGGGACACUACGAAGAUGGCGGCGGCCCCGCUGUACUGUGUCUGCCGGCAGUCUUAUGAUGUUAGCCGGUUUAUGAUUGAAUGCGACAUUUGUAAGGACUGGUUUCAUGGCAGCUGUGUCCAGGUAGAGGAGCACCAUGCUGUGGACAUCGACGUGUACCACUGUCCCAACUGUGACGUCCGACACGGGCCCUCCUUGAUGAAACGGCGGAACAACUGGCACAGGCACGACUACACGGAACCCGACGACGGAAGCAGGCCGGUGCAGGCGGGGACCUCCGUGUUCGUCCGAGAGCUGCGGAACAGGACAUUCCCCAGUGCUGAGGAGAUCCUGGUGCAGAUGGAUGGACACCAUGUAACACAGAAGUACCUGGAGACACAGGGGUUCCACUACCCCAUCACUGUUCCCAGGCUGGAUGGACUGGGGCUCAAGCUGCCCUCUCCCGGUUUCUCUGUCAAGGAUGUGGAGGAGUAUGUUGGUGGCGACAAAAUCGUGGAUGUGAUAGAUGUUGCCAGGCAGGCGGACAGCAAAAUGAAGCUCCGAGAGUUUGUCAAGUAUUUCUACAACCCUCAUCGACCGAAGGUUUUGAAUGUGAUCAGUCUGGAGUUUUCUGACACCAAAAUGGCAGAGCUGGUGGUUGUGCCUGAUAUAGCUCAGAAGAUGUCUUGGGUGGAGAACUAUUGGCCAGAUGACUCUUUCUUUCCCAAGCCAUUUGUCCAAAAGUACUGCCUGAUGGGGGUUGAAGACAGCUACACCGACUUCCACAUAGACUUUGGAGGCACAUCCGUGUGGUACCAUGUACUCUGGGGGGAGAAGAUCUUUUACCUAAUCGAGCCGACUCAGGCAAAUCUUGCACUAUACGAGGCGUGGAGUUCCUCCUUCAACCAGAGCGAGGUGUUCUUCGGGGACAAGGUGGACAAGUGUUACAAGUGUGUGGUGCCCCAAGGAACUACUGUUCUCAUUCCCACAGGAUGGAUCCAUGCUGUUCUCACCUCUCAGGACUGCAUGGCGUUCGGGGGGAACUUCCUUCACAACCUCAACAUUGGCAUGCAGCUCAGGUGUUACGAAAUGGAGCGGCGGUUAAAGACUCCUGACCUUUUCAAGUUCCCAUAUUUUGAGGCCAUCUGCUGGUAUGUGGCCAAGAAUCAACUGGAGAAUCUAAAAGAGUUUCGUGAGGAUAACUGCCAGCCUCCAGCCUACCUGACGGACGGAGUGAAAGCCUUGAUUACGGCACUAAAGAACUGGCUGAAACGUGAGGUCUCCGAGCCGGCCAGCGUGGAGGUCCCGGACCAUAUCAGACCCAACCAUCUGAUUAAGGAACUCACAAAGGAGAUCCGCUACCUGGUGGAGGAGCAGCAUAGUGGUGGAGGAGGAGGAGGAGGUGGUGGCAAGCCAAUGAAAUCUCAGGAAGGUGGAGCGUGGCCGUCGACGCGGUCCGCUUUGGACAGGGCUAGCCAUCAGGCGCGGAGGAGAGCCCGGCGGCUACGGCACCAGCAGCGCCAUCACGCGCCCAAGACCCCGUCCAACCUGGAGAUCCUGGAGCUGCACACACGACAGGUGCUCAAGAAGCUAGAGGUGGGACCCUUUGAGGAGGAGGCCCCGUUCAGCUCCGCGGUGACGGCCAGGUUCAACAAGGCGUCGGUGGCAUCGGCCGCAGCGGUGGAGCACAGCCUGGAGAACAACCUCCGCCUGGUGAUGUGCAACGGGCAGAUUAUCAGAGAUGUGCGCUGUCACACCGGGAUGAAAAGUAGCCCCGUGCAGGACGGCGAAAGCGCCGGUGACCACCAGAGGGAAGGGAUCCUGCUGAAAACAGAGGUCAAUGACCGCAUACGGGAACAUCACAGACACCCAGAGAGAGAAAGGAAAAACAGCCCCCUCAGCAGUGAAUCCAACUGGUCAAAUCACCAGCUGUCAACCAACGGUCUAGAGUUUUUCGAAAAAGUGAAUUCCGCCCUCAGGAAAGGAGCUGCAGUGUAUUCCGACAUCUCAGACUCUGAGUCUGAGGAGUGUUGCGCUACACAGAAAAAGGACUCUUCUGGGGAACAUACAGGGAGCUCAGAAGAGGAUGAGAAAAGGGAGGUGAAGACGGACUGUCGGACAGAGAGAGGCACUAGCAGUGUGACAUACCAGCACCAGGUCAGCCAAGCCCUCAGCCCCUUCCAGAAACCAGUCAAAAGAGAACACCUUGCAUCGCCAACCACCGAGGAAGAAGCUAUCGAGGGUAUGCUGUCCAUGGCAGGCCUGCUGUGCCCUCGGCAACUGGAGGAGAGCCUUGCGGUGCCGGAGUCCUGGUGGUCAAGCCCUGCCCAUUGCUCCCCUGGCAGUGGUAUGCCCCAGUCCGGAAAUUCCAAUAAACACCAAGAUCCUAACUUUACUCAAGCCCAAAUUCAUUCGACUGUCGUUCCCUCUGGUCGUUCCAUAGGAGGGAAAAGGCCCAUGUCAGGAGAGGAGAGCCAGGAUUCAGACAGCAACUCCACAGUGAGCAAUCCGGAUGAGCGAAGGGCCCAACGUCACGUCCGUAAGGACUGUCGAGCCAAACUCAGCCAGAGGAUCCAGGAGAACAAGAAUUUCAUGGACAGUCAGAGCAGUGGCAGUACCAGUAACAGCAGUGAUGCCUGGGGGGACCAGAGCCCCUCUCAGGGUCCGUCCGACCCCCUCCACCUGGGACCCAGCUCAGAGUACCAGUACUGUGAGACCUCCCUGUCACCCCACCUGCACCCCUCCAAGAGGCCCGCUCCAAGCACCCCUCCCAUCAGUAAUCAGGCAACCAAAGGCAAACGUCCUAAGAAAGGAAUGGCCACCGCCAAGCAGAGACUGGGGAAGAUUCUUAAGUUGAGCAGGAACAACCACUUCUUGCUAUAGCACCCUAGAGUUCCACCCCUACGCUGAUUAAAUGUCUGUUUUGACUUUGACUCUUAUGUUGUCUGACAAGUCAACAGUGAACAUGUCAUCCCCAUGAAUGAUACGCUGUCCCGUGGGCAUGUCACUGUCAUUUUGUUAAUUCCAGAUCUCUAAGACAAGACACAGUUCACCCAAGUUUAUUCAAAAUCUUGCCAGUUGUAUCUUUAGUCAAUCCUAAGUCCAACUGAUCAAAACUUAAAAACCUUGAAAUGCUUGCGCCACAUUCAUGAAUUUUCUUGUAUGUGGUUAGUGACUGUAUUUGCAACACAAAACCAUGUCAUUGAUGCACCAGAACACACCUGGUAUAUUUUCACAUUUCACUGUAUUUGGGUAAAUCCAAAUCAGUCCAGUGUUUUCUUGACAUGUCGUAUGUAACAAUAGAGCUCUCAUUACCGACAGAGGCAAUCCAUUGUGGGGGGGGGCAAACAUGGAUGGACUGUAAUGAAACGCUAAUGACCACAUGCUGGGUGAGCCAGUAUAAAAUGAGGCUGUAAUGGAUUUAGAAAAGUGCUGUUUUCCUUGGAUCCUAUUCUGUGACAUGGGAUCGUGUAGAUUCUGGCCAUCAACAGAUCCUCUGUAGCGUUGUUAGUAGUGCGUGGCUUUGGAACGCCAGCGUCGGGUGUUCAGUUCCUGGGACCGCCGAUAUGUAAAAUAUAAGCAUGCAUGACUAAAGUGGCUUUGGAUGAAAGCUUCUGGUAAAUGGCACAAGCGCUAUCCAUAGUUUUCGUCACCUCUUUUUGUGAUGUUGUGUUGUUGGCGGCCCGACUGUGGAGUGGUGCUACAGUGUUGGAACUCAAUUUAAACCGUGCUGAAGUGUCACGCUAUUUAUUUAUUUUUUGUAGCCUCAAGUCCUGAUUACAGUAGUGCUGCCAAGAUUGGGGGAGUCAAGGCAGCACUCCAAUGCACCUUUUCUUUACACCUUCCAGUAUGUAAAAAGCUAAUGCAUUAAGCCAAUCUAAGAAUACCUCUCCCACCAUAUUAACUUGCUCAACAGGUGGAUCUCUAUCAAAUUGUAUGUUCCUUUGGUGCCACCUAUUGUUGACAUGAGGGCAGCAGCUUGAGAGUUUUUAAGGUUUUAAUGGUGUCGAUAACAAAGAAUUGUUGGAAAUGGACAGACAUUAUUUACAGAAUAUAAGCUUUGUGAAAAUAUAUAAAUGAAAUUGUCUUUUUUUGGGGGGGGGGGGGGGG